GAUCACGGUUCACGACGCCCAACUAACUUCAUACCAGCACAAUCCGACUACCCACCGGACAAGAUGAAGUUCCUCAAGGUCGGCCGAGUCGCCAUCAUCACCCGCGGCAGAUACGCCGGCAAGAAGGUUGUCAUCAUCCAGCCCGUUGACAACGGCAACAAGCCUCACCCUUUCGGCCACGCCCUGGUUGCCGGCAUUGAGCGCUACCCCUCCAAGAUCACCCGCCGCAUGUCCAAGACCCGCCAGGAGAAGCGAAACAAGAUCAAGCCCUUCAUCAAGGUCAUCAACUACAACCACUUGAUGCCCACCCGCUACACCCUGGAGCUUGAGGGCCUCAAGGGCUCCCUCUCCAACGACACCUUCAAGGAGGUUUCCCAGCGCGAGGACGCCAAGAAGACUGUCAAGAAGGUUCUCGAGGAGCGAUACACCAGCGGCAAGAACCGAUGGUUCUUCACCCCUCUCAAGUUUUAA